AUGACAAAGGGGAAACCUUUGCGCCUUUGCACUCGGUCACACAGCUGUGCGACCCUAUACGCCGGGCAAUCCUUCAUGGAGGCUAAGUACAUCAAACAAGAACCAGAGAACAUCGAAGAAGAUCUGCGAGCAGCGGAGGAUGUGCUUGCCAAGCUCCGGCAAAAGGCCCGCCGAUUGGAGUCCCCUGCAGCAAAGCCAGACAGUCCUGGCAUGGCUGCGGCGGUUGCACCAACACCCCGACCUUUGCCAACCCCGGCACGUGCAGUGCCCUCGCCCCUUCCAGAGUGUGCUGUGGCCCCAACUGCUGCCCCCACAGUUCGUGGUCUGUCAAGUGAUGCACAACCAGGCUCGCAACAGAUUUGGGAAGCAGCUUUCCCAGCUGGAAGCGAGCCUCGUGAGGGCGGCGGGGGUCGGGAUUCUUCAGCUGCACCUGGCAGUGUGGAGGCAGAUCGUGCUGGGGGACCCACCACGAAGUCAGGACUUGAGGCGCCCGAGGCUCCCAGAACCGAUAUUCCGAGGGUCCCCGUUCCUGAGCCCGCUUGUGAAGACUCCGAUGAUGAGUUGAUUAUGGAUGUGGACUUUGACUUCGAGGAACUUCGUGCGAUGCUGCAAUCCCGACUGGAAGUGAAGGCCGAGUCGCCGACCACCACGACAGUGCCUGAUGAAGCUGUGGAUGGCAUCCAUGAUGUGUAUUGGGAGCGUGCACUCCAGGAGCCCCAGUGUGAGGAGAACCCUCUUCGAGCCUUCCAGGAGGGAUCGGUGCUCUCGCAGCAGAAGGACAUGAGGUCCAACACGAUCCGCAUCACCUCCCGGGAGUACAAAAACUAUGAAGCCACGUUGCGCCGCAUGUGCAACAGAUCGGCCAAGCGCGGUACCUUGCAGGUAAGUGAUGACGUGGCUGAGAGAUGGAAGAACACCAAGUCGAGGAAGCAACUUAUCGUGGCACUCAUCAAUUGCCAAGGGGACAAAGACGCUUUCAAUCAGAGGAUGGAGGUGGUUAUCCGCAACAUCAAGGAGGGCAAAGUGGUCAUCGAUAGUGGCUACUAUUCUGAGGCUGCCAUGAAAAACGAGUUGGGGAGAGACAAGUAUCAGCGGCACAUCGUUGAGUAUUGGAUCGACACCAAGACCUCCGGUUCUUUGUCGAAGACACACAAGGAGGAAUUCAACCAGUAUGUGGAGAUCAUCGAUGCCGAUGUGUCGCUUCCGCCGCCAAUGCUGGGCAAUGAGGCCUUGCCCUGCUAUGAUGAAGAUGAGGAGGAGGAGGAGGAGGAUUGGGAUGGUGAUGUUGAGGCGGGUGAUGGAAAGGGUGCAAGUAGCAAGAGGAGGCGUCAACAGGAAGAGGAGGUGGAAACCGCUUUGGAGGACAUCGAGAAGAUACCGCAAAUCCAAUCCGAGAUCCUGAAGAUUCGCAUCAGGAAGGGGGAGAAGCUGAAUGCCCAUGCUGAGGAGUUGAUGAACCUCCACGAUUGCCUCACCGAAAUCAAAGCCGAGAACACAAAUGGGACGAUGGUGAAGCUCAGAGAGCACCUGGCUUCGGUGGAAAAGCUGACGAGUCGCAUCACAAUGGAGGAGAAGAAGCUGAAAAGGACCGCACAGAAGGUGAAGAUGACAGUGCUCGAGAUCGUGAAGAUGACAAGCCACCGCCUGGUCGGGCGUCAAAGGCUUUGGCGAAAGCUCGUGGUUUCCGAUCGGCUGCUAUGCAGUAUAGCUGCUGGAUUCGUGGAGGAAUGUCGUGAGGCCGACCCGGACCUAGCAGAGGACCUACGCAGCUCCAACCUACUUCGUGAUUUGCACAGGAAAUCAACAACGAAGCAUGAAAAUGCUAGCGCAGCAACUUUCGAGAGGGAAGGCUUAUCUUGUCCAGUGCCCAUCGAGAAGGUGAAUGUUGGUUUUGACACAAUGCAUCCAGUGCUAAAGCUGAAGCAAUUCCUUCAAGUUCUGGCUUCGAGUGGGAAACUACCGCUACUCUGGGGCUCCACCAGCCCAGGCACUCAUGCUAGUGUGCUGCCAAAAUUCUGGCGCCGCUGGAGAUCGCACGAUGCGUCCCACCAGGUCUUCGCUCAUCACCGAGGCCGGCUGAGUACGGUAUUGCCAAUACAAUUACAUGCGGAUGAAGGGCAAACGCUGAAAAAAUCAGGUGUCAUGAUCGUGAAUUGGCAAUCUCCGCUUGGGUUUGGGAUCUCCAUGCAAGAUGACACUCCCGAAGCCAUGUCUCUGAACUAUGUCGGUAAUUCUUAUGCAACAAGAUUUUUGUAUACUGUUUGUACCAAGAGAGCCUACGGCAAAAAGAAGAGCUAUGUCCUGAAGGGUAUUUUCGAGAACCUUGCUGAUGAACUUGUGGAUUUAUUCUACAACGGCGUGUCUCUCAAGCUUGAGAAUCAAUCAGAGCAGACCUUCUACGUCGCCUUCAUAGGCCUAAAAGGGGACUGGCCUAUCCAGGCCAAGGUAGGCCAGUUGGUUCGACAUUUUGCCAGGAAGGGCGUGUACAAACUCAGCGAGAAGAGUGGCUUUUGCCAUCUUUGUAGGGCGGGGGAGCGUGGCUAUGAUCCGAACGAGUAUGGCGAAGGAGCUGCUUGGAGGUCAACCUACCUCAAAUUUCCUCCGUGGAUUUCGGAGGGACCUUUGUGCAAGGUUCUCAUCACAGACUAUGGCUUGGCGGGGCCUGGCGACUUUCAAACCCAAUUGGAUGCAAUCUACCAGAAGGCAGUGGAUCAUUGCAAAUCUAUGGGUAUCCCAUUGCAUAUGGAUGGCUUGACGCGACAUCUCCUCAAGUUUCCUGGGGACUAUGAGUACCCCAGUGGGAACUGGUUCAAGGGAGCCGACACCACAGCCUUGCUUUCUUUCUUGGAGACCUUCUGGGCAACUCACAUUGCAACGCUUGAAGAACCGGACGAGUAUUUGAACAGCAUGCUUCUCGCUAUUCGUUCCGCGAACACCUUCAUGCGCACCCUGUACCGAUCAGGACUUUUCCUUUCCAUUGAUAGAUGCCACACGGUCGCUCAGGCUGGCUUGUGCUUCUUAAAGGCCUAUCUUGAAACAUCGCACACUGCGUAUCUCCAACAGAAAACGCGGUUCAAGGUUACUCCAAAACUACACGCGAUGGUGCAUAUUGUCGAUACACUUGUUUCGGCGUCGAGGGAGAACAGGCGAUGGACUGUCUCGCCCUUAGCAGAGGCGACACAGCUUGACGAGGACUUCGUGGGCCAAAUUGCCUCCAUCACUACUACAGUGAGCACUCGGGUCGUUCAUGUGCAGACGCUCCGGAAGUACAAGACCAAUGUGUGGACGCACCUCUUUGGCCAAGAAUGA